UCUUAUCACUUUCCUCUUCUCUCUUCUCCUCUGAUCCCACCACACUUUUGAACUUUCACUCAAUGGCGAUGCAGCUUCCUCCGACGACACUUUACGCCGGAAGAUCCUCCGUGGUCUUACCUCCGACGACUCCAACCCUCCAGAGAUCAUCUUUCUUGCCUUAUUACUCGAUGAGGCUACUCGGAAACAAGAAGUCUCUUUCCAAAUCCUCUGCUCCUAGAUUCUCCAUGCGUGUCUCCUCUAAGCAAGCCUAUAUUUGCCGUGAUUGCGGGUAUAUUUACAAUGAUAGAACUCCAUUUGACAAGUUACCUGAUAACUAUUUCUGUCCAGUGUGUGCUGCUCCUAAACGGCGGUUUAGAGCUUACAUGCCUGAUGUGAGCAAGAAUGUCAACGACAAAGAUGUGAGAAAGGCUAGAAAAGCUGAGCUCCAAAGAGACGAAGCCGUCGGGAAGGCUCUACCUAUAGGAAUUGCAGUUGGGGUUUUAGCUCUCGCAGCUCUUUACUUCUAUGUCAAUAGCACCUCAUGAAUGCAGUAUCAAGAGAGACUACACUCUGCUUUUGGAAUCAUUUUUUUGUUCUGUAUAAACAUUCAUCUUCGACUUGUUGACCACUACUGUAAUGAAGUAAAGUAUUGAGCUUUCUAUGUACCAAAACUAUAUUGAAAGUGGCUGAGAUGAGAUGAAUAAAGAGGCUAAGUGUGAUACAGAGAAGAUCAGACAAUAGAAAAGGGGGUGCAAAUUGGCUAGUCUUGCAAGAUGAGGGACCCUUGGAUUGGUUUAUCGAUAGAAGAUUGAUAAAGGAUGUUCAAAGCAGACAAGUUUUCGUUGAUGCUCGAUGAUGUCGCUGGCUUGAACUCGUACGGACCUUCCUUUGGUCCCCAAACCUG